ACUUACAAUCAACAUUGACAGAACUUGAUGAAAAACUAAAAGACAAAGAUGAUGAAUUGAUGUCAUAUCGUAACUUGGUAGAAGAAUUAGAAAUAAUUAUCGAGGAGGACAAGAAGCUUAUUAAAGAGAGGGAUUCUAAGAUUCAGGAAUUAUCAAAGAUUAUUGAAGACGAUAAGAAAUUAAUUGAUGAGAAUAAUUUAAAGAUCAAAGAAUUAUCAUCAAAGAUUGAGGUAAAGAAUAUGACGAUUCAGGAAUUAUCAUCAGAGGUGGCAAAGAAAAAUAAUGUUGUUGAGAAGAGAGACACAAAAAUCAAGGAAUUGUCAUCUGAAUUGACAAUUAGAGACGCAUCAAUAAGUGAAAGAAGCACUGAGAUCCAAGGAUUGGCACUUGAAAAGUCAAAAUUAAAUAAAAUUGUCGAUGAUGAUAAGAGAUUGUUACAAGCAUUGUCAUUGGAUAU